AAUAAAAAUAAAGCUGUCUUGUGAAUAAUGUUUUGCAUCACUUUGGUCCACAGACAGAACAAAAACAUAGUCCCUCAGAUCUUCUGACCUUUCAUGUCUUUUUUCCCUUAGUUUUAUUUGCUUUUUAUAAUCUCUUGAUCCAAGAGUUCAUGUUUACUUGUGACAGAAGUCUUGUAAUGAUAAUAUAGCAAAGUCUUGUCUUCUCUCUCUCAAAUAAAAAGAAAUGUCAUCUUUCGAAAUCUCUCACCUUGAUUUAGAGAAUGGUUCCGGUGAUCAGCGUCAUUACCGUCGAAGUGACGUCAGCGAGUUCGGAGAAGACAGCUCUUCCUGCGACUAUGACUACGAUUUUCACUCAGCUGUAAGGAGCUUUUGCGGCGAGUUUGAGUUUCCUGAUUUGGAGGACCUCUCAGAAUCAGAAUCGGAAACUUCUCGAUCAUCUCCGGAGGAGAAAGAUUGCCGGAUUUGCCAUUUGGGUUUAGAGAGUAGCCGCCGUGAAUGUGGAGACCCAAUGGUUCUUGGAUGUUCUUGUAAAGAUGAUUUGGGUUAUGUUCAUAAGCAAUGUGCCGAGACUUGGUUCAAGAUCAAGGGUGACAAGACUUGCGAGAUUUGUCGUUCGAUAGCUUUAAACUUCUCUAAAGCUGGCAACGAGAUUGAUCAAACAACCACGAUUGAAACCAAUGUGAGUGACGUGGAGGCUGGAAAUUCAUCCACGGUGGUGGCCACAAUGGAUUCCGAUGACCGGAGAUUCUGGAGAGGGAAUAAUAGGUUUCUUAACUUCCUUUUGACAUGUAUGGUUUCUGCAUUUGUAAUCUCAUGGUUCUUUCACUUCAACUUGCCUUCACAACAAUGAGGAACAAGAUUAAACAUCCUCUGUUUUUUUUUUUCCUUUUUUUUUUCUUUUGCUUUGUGUGGAAUUUGAUUCCUGUUUUAGCUUUUUGCACGAGUGCAAUCAUAUCAAACAAUUGGAAUACAAAUAUAUAUAUAAAAAAUCAUAAUUGAGUUAGAUUAAAAAAUAGCAUACAAAUCUGUAUGGUUACUUACAUGUUUAUAUUUAUUUAUUCACAAUUUCUGAAUAUACAUGUUUUUUUCACAAACUCUUAUAAGCCUCAAGGGCAGAACCAUGCCUAAGAACAUGAUUAUUGAGAGGUUCUUAGGACGGAGUUCUUAACGGAAUAUAAAAACUCGUCUCUUAACUUUUAACUAAAAAAGCUAAGAACCGGUUCUUAAAUAAGAGUUUUAAGAGCCGGUUCUUAACUUUUUUAGUUAAAAGUUAAGAGACGGGUUCUUAUAUUCCGUUAAGAACUUCAUUCUAAGAAUCCCCAAUAAUCAUGCUCUAAUAGCUUUACUUUCAACUUCCAUUUCGAGUUUGGUAAGACAAGCCGCUUGUAAGUAAAGAGCGAUUUUGGCCAUCCCAGUGAAAGUACUUGUGCUUGCGUUGCAUCGCUUAGAGCCUCGCUGAACAUUUCACUCAUAAGGUAACAUAGCCACCUAAAAAGAAAAAGGAAAAAACAUGCCACCUUCUUGCCAAUACUGUGUGUGGCAACAAAAUGUUGAUUGAUUCAAAGUAUCAAUCUAGAAAUUAGGAAGUAGUAUUGGAUUUGUGAUUUAGUUUAAUGUGGGAUGUUUCAUAAAUAUUAGGGGUUUAAUUAUUUGUUUUUAUUAUUGGGAUCAUGGGUAGUUGUCUUCUUAUUUAAAUAUUCAAUAUUUUGUAAUUGUGUUUUAAGCUUUUUCAAUCAACGUAAUAUUCAGUUUUUUUUUCUCUGAA